ACGCGUCACUAUUUAAGCUCAGCUUCUAACAAUAAUUCAGAGAAGUGCGAUCACAGCAGUCAGACGCCUUUAAACUCACGCGUUUAUUCAUUUAUUCAACACAGUGCUGAAUCCCCGACAGGACGCGUAAAGUGUCUAUACUAUCUGAAAUGGCGAAGAAAGAGAAAACCGCUGUUGUCGAGUGCGCGCAACAGUUGCGCACAAUUGGAGAUCUCUUUGACUGGAAAUACAAGUUACUGGAAAUCAUAAUCGCGCUCCAGAAAGCGCAGACGGACGGAAAAAGAUGAAAAAGAAGGAAUCUGAACCAACGUACACCUGACAUCUGAAGAGGAUUCGUAAGACGAGGUGCGUCGACAUCGUCUUCCAAAAACAACCAAAAAAGUUGAACAGGAAUGGCCUUCCGAGACGAAGACAUGGAUAGGAUGGCCCUUGAGGACAUAGAAACACCGUGGACCAUUUCUGUGCUAUUCGAUGCUACUAUUCUAUUCAUAUUUGUCUCUUGACUGUUUAUCUGAGGGUUUUUGAACGGCUCGUCAGGAAGGAGAGUCUACAUUCAUCGGGACGAAUGGCAGAGCUCGCUCGUUUACAACUGGACUUCUUUUUCUAAUCAUUCUGAAUUUAGUAAACAAUAUGAUCUGUAAAAAUAGAGAUGGUGCGAAAUGGAUGUCCUGAUGUAUACAUAUGCUUUUAGGCCUAGUCUAACGAAGGAAUGUCUGCCUGCAGUAGCCUAACUGUGGAGCCUAUUUCACACUUGGGAACUGACUUCAUUUAUCCAUGAAAAAUUACCUCGAGACCAGAUGGCUUAAAUAAUAAGAAAAAUAAUAAUAAUAAUAAAGUGUAAUAAUAGCUCAGAAAAAGUGUUUCUAAGAAAGAGUUGAGUUGUUGCAGAUGCCACUUGCUUGUUUUUUUUUUUUUUUAAGUGUCCAAAUACUUUUUAGCAAUUGUACUUAGAUUUUAUUAAGUUCAGGAGUUGACUAUUUUAAAGAAAUGCGAAGCUUUUUAAAGCAUUUGUAAACUUAAUUGUUACAUUUAAAUACAAAGGUACUUUUUUGGGUUGUACUAAAGUUUUUUUUUUAUGAUAUAGCCUAUUUGUAAUAUGUACAUCUAUAAUAACUGAUAGGUAACAUGAUACUUAUCAAUGACCACAAUGAAAAUCUACCUACUGUAUAAGCAAAUGAAAUGUUUACUUUCUUACUAAUGUUUUCUGAAACUAAAUAAACUGCUUUUAUGCUUUUCUGAAACAAAAUAAACUGCUUUUAUGUGUGA